CCCUUUUGUUGUUGCUCUCACGCUAACAUGCGAGAUCCGCAGAGCCAACUCGACUGCAUUCCGCCCAGACUUCCCCUCCGCCAGCGGCCUGCUUGCUUUGAGAUGAGUACAAGAUGUCGGUGUCGGGGCUGAAGGCCGAAUUGAAGUUUCUCGAGUCAAUCUUUGACCCAAACCACGAAAGAUUCCGAAUAAUAGACUGGAAACCCGACGAACUCAGUUGCCAGUUCAACGUAACAGGAGAGAAGCUGCUGAUCAUUCACUGCAACAUCACGGAGUCUUAUCCUUCAACGUCCCCGAUAUGGUUUGUCGACUCCGAUGAUCCAAGUCUGGCGGAAGUGUUGGAGCGCUUGGAGGAUGUGAGAAAAGGGAGCACGUUGCUUCUUCAGCAGUUGAAGCGUCUCAUUUGUGACCUGUGUCGACUGUACAACCUGCCUCAGCAUCCAGAUGUAGAAAUGCUCGACCAGCCUCUGCCUGCUGGCCCCAUUAUCCAAGAUCGAAAGCACGGACCAUCAGAUGAGGUGACGUCAGAGGAAGAUGAGGAGGAAGAAAUGGGAGAGCAGGACAUUGACCUGGACCAAGACUUGGACCAUUAUGACAUGAAAGAAGAAGAACCGGUGGAUGGCAAAAAGUCUGAGGAUGAUGGGAUUGAAAAAGAACACCUGGCCAUCUUAGAGAAGAUCCGUAAAAACCAGAGACAGGACCACUUGAAUGGCGCAGUCUCUGGCUCUGUGCAGGCUUCGGACCGCCUCAUGAAGGAACUCAGGGAGAUCUACAGAUCACAGAGUUACAAGACAGGUAUUUAUUCAGUGGAACUCGUCAAUGACAGCCUUUAUGACUGGCAUGUCAAGUUAAGGACGGUAGAUCCAGAUAGUCCGCUGCAUAGUGAUUUGCAGGUCUUAAAGGAAAAGGAAGGCGUGGACUACAUUUUGCUCAAUUUCUCUUAUAAAGAUAAUUUUCCUUUUGACCCACCUUUUGUGCGGGUUGUCGCUCCUGUGCUCUCCGGAGGUUAUGUUCUAGGAGGAGGAGCCUUGUGUAUGGAACUUCUCACUAAGCAGGGAUGGAGCAGUGCCUAUUCCAUAGAAUCUGUUAUUAUGCAGAUAAAUGCAACUCUAGUGAAAGGAAAGGCCAGAGUUCAGUUUGGGGCCAAUAAGAACCAGUACAAUCUUGCCAGAGCACAACAGUCAUACAAAUCCCUUGUGCAGAUUCACGAAAAGAAUGGCUGGUACACACCCCCUAAAGAGGAUGGAUAAGCAGCUCCGAUCACUAUGCACUGGGAACAUGGGUCAAAGUGUCUCAUUUUCUUUUGAGUAUUUUUCCCCCCAUCUGACUUGCUGGGAGUGCGUCACGUUUCUUGCAGACCCAUCUGGUUGGUUCAUCUGACAAGUAUUCCUUCGUAUGAUGUGAGGGCGUUACCUGCCCUGUUCAUAUAUCUUCGAUUGUCCUUUCUCCAGUCUGAAUGUGGGGGAAACGUUUCUUCUUUAGCUGCUUAUGGCAAAGUGGACUUUAAAUAAGAGUUUUAAAAGUCAUUCUGAAGCCCUCAAAGUGGCACGUCACCUCACGUUUUAAUUGAUUUUGUGUUAACAGGUACACAGUUACUGUUUUCAAACGAUUUAGUAAAUGUUACUUUACAUGAGCAUCCUAGACAAUAAAUGAGCCAGUUGUCAUAGUUUGGAUGGUUAUUUUUAAAUUAAAA